AUGGAGUCGUUUGAGGAAGACGAAUAUGUGGACGUGCGUUCGUUGCCGCUGCGGCCGCCGCGGCGCGCGCUGCCGCCGGAAAAGGCGAGCCGCCGCCCCUGGCACCCCGUCAUGUGGGAGGACGCCGCGCCGGACGCGCCUGCUGAACCCUCAGAAGACCAAGAGCAGAGUGGACAAAAGCGGUCCAAAGAGUAUCCGCACAAGCAGCGUAUUCGCAACUUGAAGAGACUCAUAGCAGAGGGAAAAGUGAAACCCAGCUCGGAAACUCUCAUAUUCUUCCUUUGUAAUAAAUUCGCCAUUUCGGAAGAAAGGCAAUCGAAAAUGUUCGAG